AUGUUCAUAAGUGGUUUUCUACCCCGAUCUAGUAAAAAUGGGGUAUCUAAGACACAAUCAGCAGGUAACCAACGACAUAAAAGCAGUCUAGUAGGAACCUCAGAGACUACACGCGCAACAACUUAUCCUAAAUCCUUCUGUGAGUGGCUAGCUGGAAUUAUCGAUGGUGAUGGAAGUAUUCAAGUUAGUCAAAAAGGAUAUACUUCUCUUGAAAUUACUAUGGGACUUGAAGAUCUACCACUACUACGAUAUAUCCAACAUAUGCUUGGUGGAAGUAUUAAAAUGCGAGCAGGUGCUAAAGCUUAUCGUUAUCGACUACAUAAUCACCUUGGUAUGAUUAAACUAAUGAAUUGUAUAAAUGGUCAUAUUCGACAUUCAGCACGACUACUUCAACUACAUCGUGUCUGUCAAGUACUGGAAAUCCCCGUAAUUCUACCUAUUCCACUAGAUGCUCAAUCAAAUUGGUUUGCAGGAUUCUUUGAUGCUGAUGGUACUAUUACUAUAGCUAUGAAGCAUGGACUACCUCAACUAAGUAUUCGAGUCACUAAUAAACUUCUACAAGAUGUAGAGUCUUAUAAGGUAGUAUUUGGAGGAAGUCUCUACUUUGAUAGUAGUCAAAAUGGUUACUAUCAAUGGUCUAUACAAAGUCGAAAAGAUGUUAUCAUGAUGCUAGAUUACUUUAAAUCAAAUACUUUCCGAAGUCAUAAAUCACGACGAUUCUUCCUUAUUGAGGAAUAUUACAGUCUUUACGAUCUCAAAGCAUUUAAACCUGACAGUAUUCACCAUAAAGCAUGGCUAGCUUUCCUAGACAAAUGGAAUAAGUUGAUGAUAUAG